AUGAAGAAAGCAAAUUUCUACUUCCAGAGGAAUCUGAGAAUUGGAGGAGUAGUUAUUACUCACGGACCCAGGAAUCUGGACGCGGGAUACGAAGCUGGACUGAGCAAGAGAUCUAGCUUCUGCUACCUUAGCAGCUACGUUGACACCUCACCCAACCGAUUGCUCGCAUUUAAGUGCUCCACACGUCCCAGGAGCCAGAGUGCUUUCAAUCAACAAACCGAACGAUGGAACCACUCAGUUGCAGCCACGUAUCCGUUCCUACCUGUUCCUAUCCAGGACCUCAACAUCUACGACGUUACAGUCUUGCUCACCCAUGCUGGUGCACUGUAUUAUCAAGCGCUCAAUGCAGAUAGAUCGGUGGAUUUUGACGCUCUGAUUUAUUUCUCCUAUCGCUCUGUGCACGACAUCGCUAUCGUGGGCAAAGAAUUGACAAGACAAUUUUAUGGCACUAAACCCAAAUAUUCCUACUGGAACGGCUGUUCAACGGAGAUACCUGGACUUACCUGGACUUAUUUGACGCAUCGUAGCUGGAGCCCUGGCAAUAAAGUGGGUGAAGUAUGUCGUUGCAGAGCACUGGCACAAGUUGUCAUGCAGCAAGAGAAGAAUUUCCUUUGCACAUGUGAGCUGAAGUUCUCCUCCGACGCUGGAAUCAACACAUGUGAUGAGAUGUAUGGAGUGGAGGAUAGAAUCAUCGCUGAUCCUGAAAAUUGCCCCUAUGACCCUUUCCAUUCUGUCGGACAAGUAAUUCAUGCGAUGGGCACAACAUCACAAUCACUGAUUCUUCUGCGGACAACCUACAACCUAAAGAUCACGCAAUCCUCACCGCUCGAGAAUCUUAUGGAUCUCGCCAUCCCCCAUGUUCCAAAGUCGCCCACAACAUACCCUCAGACCGCGUUCUCCCAAAUCCCUGAUCCAAAGCUCGUGCCUAAUGCCUCUGGGUCUGCUUCAUCCAAUCCUCGCGUAUGGAUGACAAUUGUGUGA